GGGGAUGGAUUUGGGCUCUCCCCUUCACAGAUAAUGGGAGAAGCCAAUCAGGAGCGAGUUCUUUCCUUUCGCUGCCGCGGCCGCAGCCAUGAGUAUGCUCAGGCUGCAGAAGAGGCUUGCCUCUAGUGUCCUCCGUUGUGGCAAAAAGAAGGUCUGGUUGGACCCCAAUGAGACCAAUGAAAUCGCCAAUGCCAACUCUCGUCAGCAGAUCCGGAAGCUGAUCAAAGAUGGGCUGAUCAUUCGCAAGCCUGUGACUGUCCACUCCCGGGCUCGAUGCCGGAAAAACACCUUGGCUCGCCGAAAGGGUAGACAUAUGGGUAUAGGGAAGCGAAAGGGUACAGCCAACGCUCGCAUGCCAGAGAAGGUGACCUGGAUGAGGAGGAUGAGGAUUCUGCGAAGGCUGCUGAGGAGAUACCGUGAAUCUAAGAAGAUUGACCGCCACAUGUAUCACAGCCUGUACCUGAAGGUUAAGGGGAACGUGUUCAAAAACAAGCGCAUUCUCAUGGAACACAUUCACAAGCUGAAGGCAGACAAGGCCCGCAAGAAACUCCUGGCUGACCAGGCUGAGGCUCGCAGGUCUAAGACCAAGGAAGCCCGCAAGCGUCGGGAGGAGCGUCUUCAGGCCAAGAAGGAAGAGAUCAUCAAGACUCUAUCUAAGGAGGAAGAGACCAAGAAAUGAAGCUUCCCUCUCAUGUGUGUACAUAGUGGCCUCUGAUUACACAGAUCAGUCGUUGAAAUAAAACAAGCCUUUAUCUU